AAUUAAUAAUUAAAAAAAAAAGUGAAGCUAGAAACAGGACGACCAAAAGAGGUAACGCAUCUGUGUUUUUAAAAUUAAGAUCUGUGUUGUUAGUCAGAAGAUGUUCGGCGACAGAGCCGGAGAGAUCUCCUUCUUCUCUGAGAUUUUCCCUCUCACGUUCAAAAGCUUGAAUAUUCCAGCCAACCAAACACCCAUCAGCAUCUUCUUCCUUUUUAAAUCCAUAACAGAAAGAAAAAGAUUGACUAUAAAGAAAGCUGGAUUUUCCCGGAAAAGAAAUUUAUAAAGCAUUUGACGGUUGUUUAUGCUGGUUUGCCGACAUUUAUUUCAUUUAUUCAGACCCAGUAUCCUUCUUGCUCGUGAGUCGACAGCUCUCUCUCUCUCUCUCUCUCUCUCUCUCUCUCUCUCUCUCUCGUUAGGGUUGUCCCUGCUUGAGUAUUAUUUCCGAGUAUUUUUUGCCAAUCUGGGUUGGGCUUGAUCGACUGAUUUUUGUUGUUUUCGAAUUUGGGGGGAUUGGUGGAGGAUUUUCCAAUGCGGGUUUGUUUCGGUGACAUUUUGCGCUUUUGCGAUCUGGGUAAUUGAAGAAGAUUAGUGUGUGAAAGGGGGGAGAUCAAAUGAAGCGGCGAUGAAGGUUGUCGAAGAGAAAUGGAGGUUAGAUCUGACGGUGUGCAGGUGAGGUCUGACAAGCUUCCGACGCCGGUGGUGCUUCCGAAGACUCGCCUGAAAGUGUGGUUUGUACGCGUGUGUUCGAGCAUUUUGGUGUGGACGUGUCUCGUCCAGCUGGUUGCCGUGGGGGAGCUAUGGCGUCCACAUUUGCUUACUGGACUGUCAGACCAGUUCUCGCAAAUUACUCAUCUUCCAUUCCGUGUGCAGCUGCCAGCUCCAUCGCCUCCGCCUCUUCUUCCUGCAAGAAACUACAAAAGCAAUGGUUUUCUAAAAGUGUCUUGCAAUGGGGGCUUGAAUCAGAUGCGAGCUGCGAUCUGUGACAUGGUGACAGUUGCUCGGCUUUUGAAUCUCACUUUAGUUGUUCCGGAGCUUGACAAGACAUCCUUCUGGGCGGAUCCUAGUAAUUUUGAGGACAUUUUUGAUGUAAGACACUUCAUUGAUUCACUAAGAGAUGAAGUUCGAAUUGUCAGAAGGCUGCCAAAGAGGUUUAAUAGGAAAUAUGGAUACCAACCAUUUGAGAUGCCUCCUGUUAGCUGGUCAAAUGAAAAAUACUAUCUGCAACAGAUUCUGCCCCUUUUCAGUAAGCAUAUGGUGAUACACUUCAAUAAAACGGAUGCACGUUUGGCAAACAAUUGGCUCCCACUUGAUCUCCAGAAACUCAGGUGUCGUGUUAAUUUCCAGGCACUGAAGUUCACUCCUCAGAUUGAGGCUUUGGGGUUAAAGUUGGUUCGUAUUCUUCGAGAAAAGGGACCUUUUUUGGCUUUGCAUCUAAGAUACGAGAUGGACAUGUUGGCUUUCUCAGGUUGUACUCAUGGCUGCACUCAUGAGGAAGCUGAGGAGCUCAAGCGCAUGAGGUAUGCAUACCCUUGGUGGAGAGAAAAAGAGAUAGCGUCUCAAGAGAGGCGUUUGCAAGGUUUGUGUCCUCUUACACCAGAGGAAGCAGCCUUAGUUCUGCAAGCAUUGGGAUUUAAUAAGGAUACUCAGAUAUAUAUAGCAUCAGGUGAUAUUUAUGGCGGUGAACAAAGACUCACGGCGCUAAGAGCUGCAUUUCCUCGGAUUGCAAAAAAGGAAAUGAUGCUGGAUCCCAUGGAGUUGCAGCAAUUCCAGAAUCACUCAUCUCAAAUGGCAGCUCUAGAUUUUAUGGUUUCAGUUGCGAGUAACGUUUUUGUUCCCACUUAUGAUGGAAACAUGGCAAAACUUGUGGAAGGUCACCGCAGGUAUCUUGGAUUCGGAAAAAGCAUCCUACUGAAGCGAAAGAAACUUGUUGAGUUGCUGGAUCUGCAUCAGAACAAAACACUUUCGUGGGAUGAGUUUGUAUUUGCUGUCCGAAUGGAGCAUGAGACAAGGAUGGGACAGCCAACUCGUCGCAGAAUUAUUGCUGACAAGCCCAAGGAGGAAGACUAUUUCUAUGCAAACCCUCAAGAGUGCCUGUGUGAGGGGAGAAACUGUGAUGACUUACUAGGCUCCAUUAAUUCAAGUACAGUGCGGUGAGGUAAGCCAUCAGAUCUAACGUACCUCGUGGAUCCCCAGAGGCCAGUAUCCAAACCAGGAUACUUGCAUGGCAGGCCUUCAACAUUUUUAAUAUAUACACAUACCCGACAAGUUCUGUAAGAAACAGCGGGCAAAGAAAUAUGAAGAUCUCAUUUGUGAAACAGAAGUUUUGACAUUCAUUUGUUUUGUUUAUAAUUUAUAUAUUUCAUUCAUUUUCUUC